AUGUCUUCGUCCAUCACCAUUCCCACUCGUCGUUCCAACGAUGGCCUCUGCACGCCCAAGGCCAUGUCCAGCUCCUCUGACAGCUCAUACUCGGAUUCCCCGUCAUCCGCUGCAUCCACUCCGUCAUCGGCUACCAAGGCGCUUCACGCCCGUCGACCAAGUCUGCUUAGCUCCGCCCUCUCCGUGGAGAAGACGACCGUCAUCAACAUCGGCAACCCUGAUGGUCCUCCCCGUCUUAUCACUUAUCUCUCCUCCAGCCAAGGCUUCGACUGGAAUCCCGAAAUCUUUCUCCCAUCCUACCUCGAUUGCGACUACGUGCCCCUCGAGAACCGACGAGAGCCCGUCCACGAGAUCCGCCUCAGCGAGGAGGAGCUGCGUAACAUGCUGCCCUCAUAA